AUGCUUAUUGGCUACAAAAGAAGCAAAAACCGCUUUUUGUACUAUGCCUUACUUCUCAGGAACUGGUGUGCUUAUGUUCAUACCAGACUCUUACCUACAGUGGUAGUGGACAACCUGGAAACCUUGUCAUCAGGCAGAGUGAAGCCUUGCACUUGGCGUAUUGGGUCCUGUGCUCAGAGGUCCCAGACAACAACACACCAAGCCUACAGAAUCAAACAUAAAAUAGUAACAUCGCUGGAGUGGAAGUGCUGUCCUGGGUACAGUGGGCAAAACUGCCAACCCAAAGCUCAAGAACAACAAUCACUUAUACACAGCAACCAGGCUGAAAGCAGCAGAACUGUCAGUGAGAGGACACCAGGAGCUCCUCAAGACCCCAGUGGGCCAGCACUUACACAAAAAAUGAAUGAGAAGAUUAGCAGCCAGGAGAUGAAACUGACUUUUCUACAGAAGAAGGUUGACAGCAUUGCUACUGCGAUGAAUGAUGUGAGCGAGAUGCUUUCUUCUCUGGAAGGCAAAAUCAAUGAAGAUAAGGGCAGAGACUUCCAGUCUUUUCUAAAAGGUCUCAAAUCCAAAAGUAUUAAUGAAUUAGUCAAAAACAUUGUCAGAGAACAGUUUAAGGUGUUUCAAGGUGAAAUGCAAGAGAGCAUGGCUCAAAUUUUCAAGACUGUGUCUACUUUGUCAGAUGAUCUUGAAAAUACAAAAGAAUUAGUCAAACAUCUGAAUGAAACCCAACAAAAAUUUGUUCGGGAGAAAGACAAUGGGCCAACAAAGCUUGACAUUCUGGAACUAAAGAGCCAUAUGGUGCAGAUGAAAGAGGAAAUGACUCUCACCUGUGAUAAGCCUAUGAAAGCUUUACAGGAAAAGCAGAAAUCCUUGGAAGAUAACUUGGAGCAUCAACAGUCAAGAAGUGUAAUUUAUUAUGAAUCUUUGAAUAGGACUCUUACUGAAAUUAAAGAUGCUCAUGAACAGCUGUUAUCAGCUGAACAGUCUUCAAGCCAAAACAUCCCUUCAGCAGAUAAAGUCACAGAGUACAAUGUUACAGAGUACAUGUUCACGCUGCAUGAGAAAGUAAAGAAACAAGGCAUGAUGGUGCUGCAGAUUUAUGAUGACUUAAGAGUCCAGGACAGCAAGAUCAGCAAUCUCAGUGUUGCACUGGAAAUUCAGAGAGACUCUGUUCUGGGAGUCUGUGAUGACAUGUUGUCAGAGAGCAGAAGGGAUUUCCAAACACAGCUGUCAGCAACCCAAGAGAAUGUGCUUGUCCUAAACAAAAGUCUCUCUGAUCUGGUCCUUCCAUUGGACAAUAAGAUGGAAAAAAUGAAUGAGCAAAUUAAUGAUUUGUGCUAUGAUAUGGAGAUCCUGCAACCCUUGAUUGAACAAGGGGUACCUUUUAGUCUGACUUCGGAGUAUGAACAACAAAUCCAAGCUGAAGUAAUCAAUGAGAAGCUUGAAAACCUCACAACCAUCAUUAACAGAAUGAGUUCUGCAAUUAAGGACCUUUCCAAAACUCAGGAAGGACUUAAAAAUGAAUCUCAGGCUUAUCAGGAACUGUUUGAGAGUCGUGUUAAUGAAUGCUCCAUGGAAAUAGAAGAUGGAUUAAACAAGACCAUGAUAGUAAUAAACAGCGCUAUUGAUUCUAUUCAAGAUAACUAUGUACUGAAAGAUACACUACGUGCUCUAAGAAAUGAGACUGAAGUCUGCUGUGGCAGAGCUGAGAAACUGGACAGCCUUCUGGCUUUCAUUCCCCAGUUCCAACAGUUGAAUGAAUCCCUCUGGACACUGCUCAUAGGCAAGAAGUAUGAAUUCACUUCACAAGUAGCUCCAUCACUUUCUGAUCUUCCAUAUGAGAAGUAUGACAAAAGUAUCCUCCACAAUUUCAGAAGAUUUUUCUAUGUUUUAAAUGAAACAUCGUCAAAAGUGGACAAUCAACAACAUGAUAUCAACCGCUUGGAAGAAAAACUAUUUGACUCUGUGGAAGAAUCAAAGGACCAUGAGGUUCGCCUUCUGAGUGUGGAGUCAAAAAUUUCCAAGUUUUUGGCAAACAACUGUGUCUCACUGAAAAAAACCAAAGCUGCCUCAACAGAGAAAGAACAAAUGGUCUCACUUCAGCUCCAGACACUGAGUUCCAGGAUCAAGGCCCUGGAAGCCAAGUCGAUCCGCUUCUCAAACAGCAUUCCACUUCUGAACAAGACUGCUCAUGAGGCCUGGGGGCUGUGUCAGGAUACCAACAGCAGCAUCCAAAAAGUGAACGCGAGUAUACCUGUGCUAAUUAAACUUGCUCAGCCAGAUAUUCCCCUGCUGCAGAGAGGCCUCAAAGAGCUCAUCGAAUCUGUGCUUGAAAUAAAAGCAGGAACUAUUUUGACAAAUUUAACCCAGCAUGUUGACAUAUUGGUGGCAAGUGCAAUGAACAAUAUUACCAAACUUCAGAAACAGGUGAAACCAGUUAUAAAGAAACCAGCUCCAGUGAAAAAAGGAGCAACAAACAUCACCAUGAGCCUGGCAAACAGAAGUCAGAGAAACACAGAUAAUACUAUAGAUCCAGGGCAGUAUUCAUCUUGUGUCAGUUCCCCGUGCCAGAAUGGAGGAACCUGUAUCAAUGACAGACAGAGUUUUAUUUGUGCUUGUCGCCACCCCUUUGGAGGAGUCAACUGCAGUACGAAGCUGGUGAACGACAAUUCUCUGAGUGUCGAUUUUUCAAAAGGAUCAUACAGAUAUGCACCUAUGGUGGCUUUUUUUGCCUCUCACACAUAUGGAAUGACGACUCCAGGACCCAUCAGAUUUAAUAAUCUGGAUGUCAACUACGGAGCUUCAUUUGCCCCAGCAACUGGGAAGUUUCAUGUUCCGUAUCUGGGGGUGUAUGUUUUUGAAUAUACCAUUGAAUCAUUUAGUCCACAUGCCUCUGGCUAUCUGGUCAUUGACGGAAUAGACAAACUCACUUUUCAGGCUGAAAAUAUUAAUAGUAACAAGUACACUGACAGAGUAAUUACUGGAAAUGCUUUAUUAGAGUUAAAUUAUGGUCAAGAAGUCUGGCUCAGACUGGCAACUGGCUCUAUACCAGCCAAGUAUCCACCAGUAACUACAUUUAGUGGUUACUUGUUGUAUCGUACCUAA